AUUGACAUUGACACUGACAGAUCCCAUAACAAAUAGCAAAAAUUCUGGCAGUAAAAAUUAAAAUUAACAUAUCAAAGAUGUACAAUAUUAGGCAACUUGCGAAUUUAAUAUUAUCUUGAUUUAAAAUAAUACGUAUGUUAUUGUCAAAUAUUUAUGUUAAUAAUUUAAAGCACUAUUUUUACAUAAAUUGACCACACAUUCACACCUUUGUGACGUAAUUUUUGUUGAGAAAUUAAACAUUGAACUAAUAAACAUAUUUCUUAUGAAGAAAUAAAGCAAUAAUUCACGCAACAGGAAGCUUCAUAAUUAAAUAAUGUAUAACGAAUGAAAGUUUUUUUUGGGCAAAUGUAUUCGACAUAGAUUUUAUCACAUUAACGACUUUGAAAAGAUGGAUGAUUACAAGUUUUUAUUUAAAGUUGUCUUAGUUGGAAAUGCAGGUGUUGGAAAAACGUGUCUUGUACGUCGAUUUACCCAAGGAUUGUUUCCCCCAGGACAGGGUGCUACUAUAGGUGUUGAUUUUAUGAUCAAAACUGUUGAAGUAGGAAAUGAAAAAGUUAAGUUACAAAUUUGGGACACUGCAGGUCAAGAAAGAUUUCGUUCUAUAACACAAAGCUACUACAGGUCAGCUCAUGCCCUUAUUUUAGUUUAUGAUAUUUCUUCUCAGCCAACUUUUGAUUGUUUACCAGAUUGGUUGAGAGAAAUUGAGGAAUACGCUAGUAGCAAAGUAUUGAGAAUUCUAGUAGGGAAUAAGAUUGAUAGGGAAGAUAGAGAAAUUCCUGAAAAUGUAGGAGAAGAAUUUGCAGAAAGACAUAAUAUGUAUUAUUUGGAAACAUCUGCAAAAGAGUCAGACAAUGUGGAAAAACUUUUUAUGCAAAUUGCAGAAGACCUUAUGAAGCAAGCCAGAACUAGGGAUCUUCCAAGAUAUGAUUCCAAUAAUCAAACAAUCGAUGGUAGGACAUCGACAAUUAAUGAUUCUAGUUGUUGUAGCAGAUUACAGUAGUUUAUUCAUAUAAGCUUUUAUAGCUCAAUUGUAUGUUUUCCAAACAUUUGUUAAGUUUAUUAGAAUUUUUUAAUCUUUUAAACAGUUGUACAUCGUUAUAACCAGUCAAAUUGAUAAUACUAAAUAAUUUCUAAAUAUAAAUCCCUAUUAUUAGUACAUCAAAAGACAAUAAGCUUAAUUGAACAAAUAAUAUUUUUCUUAUGAAUAUAAUCUUAUUUUACAUGACAUUCAUUUAAAUCUACACUUAAAAACAAAUUUUGUUUUAAGUUCCUUAAAUGCCAAAUUAAAAAUAAAUUCCUGUUAUAAAUUAUUUGUUUUGUUGUGAAAAAUAAGGUUGUUAAUUAAUUAUUUUGCCUGGUCAUAGCGAUUUGUUAAAUGCAACUAUUUUUUUUUUAUUUUUUAUGACUGAUUUUAUUUUGUUUUUACACAAUUAUUUACUUUUUUCAGUUACUUUAAGCGUUCUUAAAAUAUUUUGAAUCAAGGCACUAAAGCCAAACGUUACUUGUUAUAUUUAUUUAAAAAAAAUAUGAAUACAAUCUGAAUUUGUUAAUCAAUUUGACAAUUUUUAUUUAUAUUAUGGCUAGUCUUACAUUAUUUGUAAUCUGUUGAAUACGUUUUAUCUUUGACAGUUUGAUGACGUAUAUCAAAUUAGUCUUUUCAGUGACAAUAAGUUUGUUCCAACACGCGUGAAAACCGUAAUAUUACUGUAUAAAUCGUGCGCUCUACCCAAAAAUUGUAUAAAACGUUUGAUUUGCACGGGAAAAUUACGGUUUUCGGGCGUGUUGGAACCGACCUAUUGUCGUUUCGUUUUGCUAUAAAAUUAGUUGUCAGAUAUUGACAAUGUUUGCCAAAUUUUCGUAUAAGUAUAAAUGAAUUGCUUUCAUAACAUUUAAUCCUGUGAUAUUUUUUGUAAAAGCACCAAAACUUUUGCAUCACAGAAAAAUUGCGUACUAUUUAAAACCGAUGACUACGAGAGCUUUUUUGUAUUUAAUUUAACAUUCCUAUUUUAAUAAAUUAAUUAUUUAAUGUAUAUUUUUUUUAUAAUAAUAAUAAUUGAUAAAUAAGAUACUGGUGUUGUUCUAAGUGAUAAAAAAUAAGGUUAAUAAGUGUUUUAAAAAUGUUGGUUUUUGUGUAAAAUUAUUAUUGUGAUUGUAUUUUUAUUUUAAACAGAAAGGGCAUCUCACAAAUUGAUCCUCUAUAGAAAAUUAUGAAUAUUACAUUUUACUAUUGAGCUAAAGUUUUAGCUCUACAGAGUGUACCUAAAAACAUUUAUUUUAAAAUUGUUGCUUCCUUAUUGUAUUUCUACAGGGUACUUCCUGAAAACUUGUUAAUACAG